AGGACAAACCUAAAUGCGUUUGCUUUUCCAGCGGCUACACGUAGCAUCACUGAUAUUAUCGUUUUCAUGACAUUUUACUCGGAAUAAUUCAACUGAGUAUAAAUAUUUGGAAGUCUUCUAUCGAGUUUAUGAGAAUGAAGCUGUGAAACCCAUGAAGUAUAUGAAAUUAGCGCGCUGUUUUGGAGCAGAGUCGUAUUAGUUGCACUUACAUAUGCUAACAACAACACAGUGAUCAUGGCUGCGGUGUUUCUGAAAACUCGAAUCAACAGAGCUAUAAACAAACACCUGCUGACACCGGUCUGGACCACAGGAUCCACCAGACAUGCAUCUGUGGGCCGGAUUGAGAAAGUCCUCAUUGCUAACAGAGGAGAGAUAGCAUGCCGGGUGAUGCAGACGGCUAAGAAGAUGGGCGUCCACUCGGUUGCGGUGUACAGCGACGCAGACAGACAUUCCAUGCAUGUGGCCAUGGCGGACGAGGCGUAUCAUAUCGGGCCAGCAGCAUCUCAGCAGAGUUACCUGUGCAUGGACAAGAUCCUGGAUGUCGCCAAGAAAUCCUCUGCACAGGCGGUCCAUCCUGGAUAUGGAUUCCUGUCGGAAAAUACAGAGUUUGCUGAACUGUGCAAACAAGAAGGCAUCAUCUUCAUCGGCCCGCCGUCAUCAGCCAUUCGGGACAUGGGAAUCAAAAGCACAUCUAAACACAUUAUGUCAGCUGCUGGCGUGCCCAUCAUUGAGGGUUACCAUGGAGAGGACCAAUCAGAUGGCAAACUUCAAAGCGAGGCCGCAAGGAUCGGUUACCCUGUGAUGAUCAAAGCAGUUCGUGGCGGCGGCGGAAAGGGAAUGCGAAUCGCACACUCUGAAGCAGAGUUUCACGAGCAGCUGGAAUCGGCUCGCAGAGAAGCCCGCAAGUCAUUCAACGACGACGUGAUGCUGAUCGAGAAGUUUGUUGAGAACCCCAGACACGUUGAGGUGCAGGUGUUUGGUGACCAGUUCGGCGAUGCGGUGUAUCUGUUCGAGAGAGACUGUAGUGUACAGAGACGACACCAGAAGAUCAUCGAGGAGGCUCCAGGGCCGGGCAUCAGUCCUGAGGUCAGGAGGAAACUCGGAGAGGCCGCGGUGCGAGCAGCUAAAGCAGUCAACUACGUAGGAGCAGGUACUGUGGAGUUCAUCAUGGACGCGCAGCACAAUUUCUACUUCAUGGAGAUGAACACGCGUCUGCAGGUGGAGCAUCCCGUCUCAGAGAUGAUCACGGGCACAGACCUGGUGGAGUGGCAACUGCGCGUGGCUGCGGGGGAGAGGUUGCCCCUCUCUCAGAAGCAGAUCGUGUUGCGGGGUCAUUCUUUUGAAGCCAGAAUAUACGCCGAAGACCCCAAUAACAACUUCCUUCCCGGAGCGGGGCCGCUGCUACACCUGUCCACGCCGCAGGGGGAUCAGUGCACACGCAUAGAGACGGGGGUUCGAGAAGGUACUCUACAUUUAAUCUCACGUUUCAAAGUGCAAAUUGUGGGUCUCAACACCAACAUCGACUUCUUACUCAGUCUUUCGGGGCAUGCGGAGUUCGAGGCAGGAAACGUUCACACCAGCUUCAUCCCGCAGCACUAUGAUCAGCUGUUCCCAGCAGCUCAAAGGCCAUCCGAUGCACUGCUCUGUCAGGCCGCCCUGGGUCUGCUGCUCCGCGAAAAACAGCAUACAGAGAUGUACAGAAACCAAACCAGUGACAUGUUCUCUCCGUUUGCCUCCAGUAACGGGAGACGAUUCAAUGUCCUGCACUGCAGGAACCUGACACUGCAGCUCGGGGACGACAAAGUGGCAUUAUCUAUUACUUACAAUCCAGAUGGGACAUACUGUAUGGAGACUGGAGGUCAGGUGUUUCAUGUAUCAGGAGAGCUGCAGAUGGAGGGAGACGUGACCUACCUGUGGUGUUCCGUCAAUGGAGUGCUGUCCCGACCCAAACUAGUCAUUCUGGACAACACCGUACACAUCUUUUCUAUGGAGGGAAGUGCCCAGGUGGACAUACCUGUGCCCAAGUUCCUGGCUGGUGUUAGUGGCUCCAGUGCACAGGGUGGCGCUGUUGCACCCAUGACAGGCACUAUCGAAAAGGUCUUAGUCAAGGCUGGAGACUCUGUCCAGAAAGGAGAUCCUCUAAUGGUGAUGAUUGCCAUGAAAAUGGAGCAUACAAUCCGUGCACCAAAAGCAGGAGUCAUCAAGAAGGUGUUCUUCAAAGAGGGCUCACAGGCUAGCCGUCACGCAGCUCUGGUAGAGAUGGAGCAAGAGGAAGGAGCUGGGGAAGAGUAAACCUAGUGACAUCACACACAGAGGACUGGAAAUCCUGAACUUGGAUAAGUUGCUGCGCAAUACAAUGAUCUUGAUCUUGAGAAGCACUACAAAUUAGUUUGGAUCUUUUGAGAUUU